UUGGUUUGUAACUAUCGCGAGAUUUCGUUAAAUACGUCAGAAGACCUUUGGCACAGAUCGGGAGAAAGCGUCCUGCAAAAAUCUUUCUGCUGCUGCAGCAAGAAUAAAGAGACAAAUAUGAACAGAGUUUUGACCAGAACAUCCUUGAAGAACUUGACAGGCUUUGUCCAGAGGUUUCAGAGCACCUUGGUUGUUGCAGAACACAACAAUGAUAAGUUGACCCCCAUUACACUCAAUACCAUCACUGCUGCCAGUAAGCUCGGGGGAGAUGUGUCUUGUCUGGUUGCUGGAACAAACUGUGCAAAGGUUGUGGAGCAGAUCAGCAAAGUACAGGGUGUGAAGAAGAUCCUGGUGGCCCAGCACGAGUCUUACAAAGGUGCUUUGCCAGAGGAGUUGACUCCACUCAUCUUGGAAACACAAAAACAGUUCAGCUUCACUCACAUCUGUGCCGGUGCAUCAGCCUUCGGAAAGAACCUGCUUCCUAGAGUUGCUGCCAAGCUGGAUGUUGCCCCAGUUUCAGAUAUUAUUGAAAUUAAAUCUCCAGAUACUUUUGUCAGGACCAUUUAUGCAGGAAAUGCCCUCAGCACCGUGAAAUGCAGUGAGCCAGUCAAGGUCUUCACCGUCAGAGGGACAUCUUUUGAGGCAGCUCCAACAGAGGGAGGAAGCGCUACGUCAGAGGAAGUGGCUGCUGCUCCCCCUGCUGGGGUUUCUGAGUGGCUCGAACAAAAUUUGACCAAGAGUGACCGGCCAGAGCUGACGAGUGCAAAGGUUGUGGUGUCAGGAGGAAGAGGCUUGAAGAGUGGAGAAAACUUUAAGCUGCUUUAUGACCUUGCUGACAAACUGAACGCUGCUGUUGGUGCAUCCAGAGCUGCAGUGGAUGCUGGCUUUGUCCCUAAUGACAUGCAGGUCGGGCAGACGGGCAAAAUUGUGGCUCCAGAACUUUAUAUAGCGGUUGGUAUCUCCGGAGCCAUCCAACACUUGGCUGGAAUGAAAGACAGCAAGACUAUAGUUGCCAUCAACAAGGACCCAGAGGCUCCUAUUUUCCAGGUUGCUGACUACGGCCUGGUAGCUGAUCUUUUCAAAGCCGUUCCUGAGAUGACAGAAGCUCUGAGCAAGUGAGAAGAAGAAAAAGCACCACAGCUGGAGUAAAAGAUGGAGAAACUCGGCCUUAAACUGCUGAAUCUGUGGUUUCACACAGAAAGUGUCAUCGCCAACACCCCAAAUACCAGUUUUUAUGUGUACUCUGCAGAUAUUAAUGUGUAAAGUUGUUCUUAACUUUUCUCCUGUCAGUAGUACAUCACAAUUUCUGUUUAAUGAGCAGCAGCAACUCAAUCUUUUUGACUUAACUGAUGUUGAUCUCUACAAACAUGUACAGUACGUAAAGCGAUGCUUUUGAAAGGCAAAACAAUAAACUAUUGGCUUUAAACUUGAAUAA